GCCUUCACUUGUUUGUCCAUCUGAGGUAUCCGUUGGUCAAGAAGCUACAUGCGCAUGCGUAGUAUUUGGGUUAUGUAUCUCAGAGUUAGACUUCUCAGGCAGAGCAUAAGAGCGGUUUUUGUGAUGAGUUUACGCCACCAACCACAAAUGCAAUAAUGUAGGAAGUUUAUUUUAUGAAUUCAUAAUGUUACGGACAAGCUCACAAGUUUAAUCUGAGUGUAUCCGCAUUAUCCGCAGUUGAAGCUCUGCCUGGCAGACGAUGCCCAGGACUCAACCUGUCCCGGAUCUCGGCUCCUCCUGAGUCCUGUUCCGGUGGCGGAAAAUGGCUGACGGCGGAUCCGUGGCAGCUAGAAGAUGCGACUCCGGCUCCUUGUCCUCCGUCAGUAUGGAGACCAUUUCUGGGCUGACGGAGCUGGAGGACCUGGAGAGAGUUUACCAGCAGCUCUGCGCCGAGGAGACAGAAGUGGAAGCUGAGCUGGACAGACUGGUGGGGCAGGAGGGCAGCAUUCACACAAAGAUGCUGGCGCUGCAGAGGAUGGGACCCAAUCUACAGUUGAUUGGAGGAGAUGCCAGUCAGCUGUCAGGAAUGAUCACUUUCACCUGCAGCCUGGCGGAAAACGUCAGCCGUAAAGUCAGACAGCUGGACCUGGCAAAGACAAGGCUGUAUAACGUCAUCCAGCGGACUGAUGACAUCCUCGAUCUGAAGUUCUGCACUGAUGGUGUGCAAACGGCUCUGCACAACGAAGAUUAUGAACAGGCUGCUGCUCACAUCCAUCGAUAUCUUUCUCUGGACCAGUCGGUGAUUGAACUGAGCAGGCAGGGAGAAGAAAGCAGCGCUGUGGAUGCCAGUCUGGUCAUGCUGCAGGAGGCAGAACAGAAGCUGAAGGUCAUUGUUGCCGAGAAGCUCGAUGAAGCUGUAGCAGCAGUCGACCUCGCGCAGGUGGACAGGUUUUUCAAGAUCUUCCCUCUGCUGGGCCUCCACCAGCAGGGUCUCGCCCGCUUCGGUCAUUAUCUCUGCAGUCAGCUUGCCUCCAAGGCUGAGGAGAACCUGGUUUUAGCGACAGGAGGAGAUCUGGGCGAGAAGAGAGCUCUGUUGAUUUUUGCAGACACUCUGACACUGCUGCUGGAAGGUAUCGCCCGAGUUGUUGAGACUCAUCAGCCGAUAGUAGAGACGUACUACGGUCCAGGCCAUCUGUACACACUCAUCACUCACCUACAGCAGGAGUGUGACCGUCAGGCCCAGAAAAUUGUCGACAAGUUCAUCCAGCAGAGAGGAUACCACAACAAGUUUCAGAUUGUCCAGAGCAGCAUGAUGAAGAGUGUCCCAGGAGAGCGGAUCGAGCCGAGGGAGCUGGACCCUGUACUGACAGAAGUUACGCUGAUGAAUGCGAGGGCGGAGCUCUACCUGCGCUUUUUGCGUCGCCGUAUGGUGGCCGACUUUGAAGUUGGAGACGCUCAGAGCAUCACACAAGAGCAUCAGCAGAAUGUAGAAAAGCUCCUGAAACACUGUUUGCUGAGCCGAACGAUGCAGGAGCUGAUAGGCUACUAUAUUCCAAUGGAAGAAUACUACAUGAGGGAGUCCGUCAACAAGGCGGUUACUAUGGAUACGUAUGAAAAGGGCCAGCUAACCAGCAGCAUGGUGGAUGACUGUUUCUACAUUGUGAAGAAGUGCAUCAGUAGAGCUUUAUCAAGCUCCAGCAUCGACUGCCUCUGUGCCAUGAUCAACCACGCUAACUCCGUACUGGAGUCAGACUUCAGGGAGGUGCUGUAUAAUAAGCUGCGGCAGGGCUUCCCAGCUACGACGCUUCAGGACAUCCAGCGUGGCGUCAGCAGUGCGGUCAGUCUGAUGCAGAGCAGUUUACAGCAGGGCAAGUUCAACACGCUGGGCAUCGAGAGCACUGAAAACGCCAAGGCUGCAUUUCUGGUGACUCUGAAUAAUGUUGAGGUGUGCAGUGAGAAUAUCACAACUUUAAAGAGGAACCUAGAGAAUGAUUGUUCCAAGUUGUUCAGUCAAGGGGUUGGUUCUGGUGAACAAGCCAAGAUUGAAAGCUGUUUGUCCGACCUUGUCAGCACAUCCACAAAGUUCAAGGAUCUCUUACAGGAGGGUCUGACUGAGUUAAACACAACAGCCAUUAAGCCUCAGGUGAAACCGUGGAUCAGCAGCUUCCUGUCCAUCUCACAUAAUAUCGAAGAGGAGGAGUUUAAUGACUACGAAGCCAACGACCCCUGGGUGCAGCAGCUCAUCGUUAACUUGGAGCAGCUCAUGGCAGAGUUUAAGAUGGCCCUCUCUCCCGUCAUCUACGACACACUGACCAGCCUGAUGACCAGCUUGAUAUCUAUUGAAAUGGAGAAGACGGUCCUGAAAUGCUCGUUCAGCAGGCUUGGCGGGCUGCAGUUCGAUAAAGAGCUCCGGUCUCUCGUGGCGUAUCUCACCACUGUCACCACCUGGACCAUCAGGGAUAAGUUUGCUCGUCUCACACAGAUGGCCACCAUCCUCAACCUGGAGCGGGUAACUGAGAUCUUGGACUACUGGGGUCCUAAUUCGGGCCCCUUGACAUGGCGGCUGACCCCAGCAGAGGUACGUCAGGUUCUAGCGCUGCGAAUCGACUUCAGAAGUGAAGAUAUCAAGAGGUUACGACUGUAACUGAAGAAUCGGUGCGCUGGUAAUCAGUGACUGUCAUGCAGUACCCACCUUGUGAUGUUUUCCACCAACAAACUCAAUCCAGACUUCAUCCAUGUUUCUGUGAACGGAUGUGGGCAGGACAGAGACAAAGAUGCUGAUUGCCAUUCCAGGAAAUUUCUGCUCCACACCUGGUAGAUGUCAAACUCUGUCAGCGGAGCAUUUAGAGACUUGGGUUUUGUGGGUGACUGGCAGGAAUGGUGGAAUGAUUUCAUGUUAAUUAACUGUAAACUGUGAGAAUAUGAAAUGUUUAAUUAAAAGUGUAAGUCUGUAAUUGCAUUGCCGCGGGAGUUCCAACCUUUUAACCUGUAACUGGCUGUGAGAAACGAGGACACACUGGGACUGAGGAGUGGAGCUUUGUGGCUGUCAGUGAAACAGAGCAGUAAUGAACAUCGUACCCAUUAAACAGACAGAAGCAGGUCAGACAGCUGAUCCAGCCUAGUCAUUCAAUAUAUGAAUAGCUCCUUGUCUGUGAUGAUGGGACACUUUUAACCUAAUAAAUUGAGAGCUGCUGUGCAA